AUGGCCUUAUUUCCAAUCCGUCGUUAUCGCCUUUUCGACGAUCCAUUCGAUCGUUUUUUUGGCGAUCAACUUGAUUUUUUUGAUCCGUGGUAUGAUUUUGAUACAUUUCCAUUGGCUCUAUCCAUUCGACCACAUGCUUUUCGUUGGAUUAAUGAACUUCGUCGAUUAACACAUUCAUCAACUACUAACGAUAGAAGUUUACGACCAACGACACGAGCAACAAAUUCCGAAAAAUUUCGUGUUCAACUUAAUGUAGCAGGAUUUAAUCCUGAAACAAUUCAAACACGUAUUGAUUAUUGA